UAUUAUGUUCGAUAAUGAUUCAUUAAACAAUUCAUUAAUUGACUGAAGAAAAUCUCCAAGUGGCCUUAAUUCUUAAUCUAAUAGAAAUUUUCGAUCGACCGUCAAAACGUCCGCACAAACAAUGGUUGGAAGAGCUGAUCUUCAAGAAUUCGAAGAUCAUCUUCCUGACAAAGACGUAGCUCGUGGAUUCUAUGCCAAAUACGAACCAAAAGAAGUCCUUGGAAGAGGUGUAUCUAGCGUAGUUCGAUUAUGUGUUGAAAAGGACACCGGACGAGAAUAUGCUGCCAAAAUCAUUGAUAUUAGUGAUGAUGAGAGUGGAGCUGGUCACCAGAAUAGUUUUACAUUAUAUCAAGCUUCACAACGUGAAAUAGACAUACUUCGAAUAGUCGAUGGACAUCAUUAUAUCAUUAAACUUUACGAUGUUUUCGAAUCGUCUACUUAUAUAUUUCUUGUAUUUGAACUUUGUAAAAAUGGUGAAUUAUUCGACUAUCUAACAAAUGUGGUAACGUUAUCGGAAAAACGAACAAAAGUUAUAAUGAAACAGCUAUUCGAAGCUGUCGAUUAUCUUCACCAAAAAAGAGUAGUGCAUCGAGAUUUAAAACCCGAAAAUAUCCUAUUGGAUGAUGAAUACAAUAUUAAAGUUACUGAUUUUGGAUUCGCAAGAAUUAUUGCACCAGAUGAGAAAUUAUUCGAUUUAUGCGGAACUCCCGGUUAUUUAGCGCCCGAACUUCUUCGUGCUUCAAUGUAUGAAAAUGCAACAGGCUACGGACAAGAAGUUGAUUUAUGGGCUUGUGGUGUUAUCAUGUAUACUUUAUUAGUUGGUUUUCCUCCAUUUUGGCAUCGUAAACAAAUGAUUAUGUUAAGAAAUAUUAUGGAAGGUAAAUAUGAAUUUUGUAGUCCUGAAUGGGAUGAUGUAACCGAAGAGGCCAAAGAUCUGAUCCGUAAACUUUUGGUGAUAAAUCCGAUGGAUAGGUUACUUGCUAAUCAAGCUUUAAAACAUCCAUUUUUCCUUUCAGUCAAAACUCAAACGGCAAAAUUUAAUGCACGAAAAACAUUCAAAUUAGCCAUUGUAUGUGUGAGAGUCUUGAUCAGAAUAAAACGCUUAAAAUAUACUGCUGAAGUAAUUUCGAUGGAAACUAUACGUACUGCCCCAUACAAUAUUAAAAUCUUACGAAAGAUGGUCGAUGGAUGUGCAUUUCGUAUCUAUCAUCAUUGGGUUAAACAUGGUGAUGUUCAAAAUCGAGCAGCAUUGUUUGAGAAUCGACCGAAAAGAGAUUUGCUUCGAAACUCCAGCCAAGAUGAAAAAUUACUGCAUAAUUUUCAUUGCUAUUGAUUAUUGCAAAUAUAAUAAAUUCUUUUUCAUUUGA